CUGUGUGCUGCAUGAGUCACUGACGACGACGGUGGGGGGCGGCGCUGGGAAGUUUGGUGGGGUACUGGGGAGGUAGAUCGGAAGGGUUCGCCCGCGUGUCCAGGCACAAACUCAGCCCCUCUCGCCACCUGCCGCUGAAUGCUGAGACUGACACUCUCGGCCAGGGAGGCUUCCGACGUCAUGGAGGAGGCACCUGUCCGCAUCAAACAUCUGGCUGAUAUGGCCAACUAUGACAUUGACUACACCAGACCAGCCAGGAUGUACUUCCGUUCCGGUGUGGAGAUGGUGCGGAUGGCCAACGUGUAUGCCGAGGAAGGCAACCUCGAGGGCGCCUACGUGCUCUAUAUGAAGUUCAUGACGAUUUUCCUGGAGAAGAUCCGGCGGCACCCGGAGUACCACCAGGUGUCGCCGGGCGAGCGGGCCGCCAUCAAGCGCCACCUGGAGGCGACGCUGCCGCGCGCCGAGUCCAUCAAGGGCCAGCUGAUGCAGAAGUUCGAGAACGAGCACAAGGCCUGGCUCGCCGAACAGCGGAUGUUAGAGGAGGAGCUGGCGCAGCGGCGGCAGGAUGAGGCCCUCCGGCAGUCACAGCAGCAGCACGAGCAGCAGGAGCGCCGCAGGUUCGAGGAGGAGAAGCAGCGGCUGCUGCAGCUGGAGCGACGCCGCGCGGAGGAGGUGGAGCGGUCGCUGGAAAAGCAGCCGGCUGCCGACGCCCUGCCCUCCUACGCAGCGCUGCUGCCAGAGCCGCCGACGGCGCCGCCCUCAUACAGCGCCGCGGCGGCAGCGACCGACAGGGCUGCCGGCCGGCCCGCCUCCGCGGGAGUGCCAUCUGUUGACCGGUCUGUGAAGCCGCGCUUCGACCACUCGAUGUCGCUGCUGUCGCUGCGGUCGGACUUCCGCACAGUCGUGGUGCCUGACUCCCUCAUGCCUAGUUUCUUGAAGAUUGCCGAGGCCAACACUGCCAAGAACGUGGAGACGUGCGGACUGCUUUGCGGCAAGCCGUCGCAGGACGUGCUGUACGUCACGCACGUGCUGAUCCCGAGCCAGACGGGCACAUCCGACUCGUGCAACAUGGAGGGAGAGGAGCGUGUGUUCGCCUACCUCGACACCCACAACCUCAUCACCCUCGGCUGGAUACACACUCACCCAUCGCAGACGGCGUUCCUGUCGUCCGUAGACCUGCACACCCAUUGCAGCUAUCAGCUGAUGAUGCUCGAGAGCAUAGCCAUCGUCUGCGCGCCCAAAUACAACGAGACCGGCUUCUUCAUGCUGACUCCCAAAUAUGGCCUGGACUAUAUCGCAAACUGCCACAAGACGGGGUUCCAUCCUCACCCGCAGGAGCCGCCGCUGUUCGAGGAGGCGCAGCACGUGACACGGGACAACAGCUACCAGAUUAGCGUAGUCGAUCUGCGCCAGUAGCCCGCUCAACUUUGCCGCCGUCGCCGCCGACGUUGCCGCCGUCGUCUUCGACGUUGCCGCCGUCAGCGCCAACGCUGCUGCCGUGGCCGUCGACGUGGCCGCCGUCGGGGACGCCUCGUCGCCGCCAGAUCCGCCCGCGUCGCUACCCUUGAAGGCACCGAUGCCUACGGUGUGCGCGCGACCGGCGGGUGGCGCUGUGUAGGUGCGGCUGAGGCGACAGUGACGCGGCUGAGACGCCGCCGGCGCGGCCAGGAGACUGAGAGCUGUUCGUGAUAUUCUCUGUGAACUAGCGUGAAGUGAACGUGCGUACGUGCGUUGGGGCGUCAUGGUGACCGGCUUGGGUUUCCUAACCUGUUCAGAGGCUGGUUUUGAGCGCGUCUUUUAUGUUACAGAUGCUAUCGCGGUGGCGAGUUUUCUAACAAUGUCGUGACGUCAUGGAUGACGUCAGCCUGGCCGCAGUGGAGGUGACGUCGCGGACGUCGCUGAAGUGACGUCACUGGGGCAUGUGCCGCGGUUUCCGUGAUGGAGUCGGACAGCUUCGGCUGUGGCGUGGUGUUUUGCACUCCCUCAUCUAUAUUGUGCACGAAUAUACUAGGUCUUGACGACUUUUAUUGAGGCGAA